GACCACACCUCCGUGGGAGGGGCCAGGGCAGCCUGGGCAGGAAGGGUAUAAAGACAGUUGACUUCCAGUUACACUACAACAGGAAUCAGCAGGUAGGAGAAGACGACCCAGACUGCACAGACCAUAUACUACUGUAGUUUACCUUUACAAGGAGCCAUGGUGAAGUGUGUAGCCAUAAUUCUGUCAGGGUGUGGGGUCUACGAUGGGACUGAGAUCCACGAGGCGUCGGCUGUACUGGUCCACCUCAGCAGGGCUGGAGCUCAGGUAAAGAUGUUUGCCCCCAACGUGGACCAAAUGCAUGUGGUGAACCACUGUGAGGGGACACCCACGGUUGAGAAACGCAACGUCCUGGAGGAGAGUGCUCGUAUCGCCCGCGGCGAUGUGUAUGACCUUGCCAAGCUAGAGGUCACCGCCUUCGACGCCCUCGUUAUCCCAGGUGGUUUUGGCGUGGCUAAAAACCUGUCUGACUGGGCUGUGAAGGGGAAGGAGUUCACGGUUCAACCCCAAGUAGAGAAGCUGAUUAAGGGGUUCCACGCUGCAGGCAAGCCCCUGGCUAUGUGCUGCAUCUCCCCUGUCUUAGCUGCUAAGGCCCUGCCGGGGUGUGAGAUCACCGUAGGACAGGACAAGGAGUGUGAGAGAUGGCCCUAUGCCAAGACGGCAACUUCCAUGAAGGAGCUGGGCUGUAAACACGUGAAUAAGAAAGUGGGGGAGGUCCACAUCGAUGUGAAGAACAAGCUGGUCACCUCCUCUGCCUUCAUGUGUAACGCUCCAAUACAUGAGGUGUUUGACGGGGUGGGCGUCAUGGUUACAGAACUGCUCAAACUGGCCUAGGACACGUCUGAGAUUCAGAAUGCUGAUUAGCUGUGCUUCCCAAAAGGCACCCUGUUCCCUUUAUAGUCCUGAUGUGACCUUGUCAAAAGAUGGGAAUAGGGAGCCAUUUGGGAAGCGACCUUACAAUCAUGUUUGUUGUUGUUUCUGUUUUUGUUGUUUGUUUACCUGGACACUGUCCUGAUCGGAAUGAAAUGGACACACAGAACAACAGAAGAAACAGAAGAAGAUAGUGUUUCUGUUGCAUCAUCUAUUUGUCUGACUGUGGAAUAACUUGUGUUUUUAUCAACAUUGUAAUAAAAGUAAAACCAAA